AGCCAUUUUGAACGAUCCCAAUUCUCGGAGACACAACCAGGAGUACAUACGAUGCCAUAUCCCGGUUUACAGCUAAAGAAGACAUAAAAAUCUAAAAUGAAUUGAACUUAACUAAAGAACUUAAUUAACAAAUAAAAUUUCAGGAGUCAACCGUGUUUCGUAAUCUGAUUACAGUAAUCUUGAUCUGAAAACAUAUGAAUGUAUGCCCUAAACAGUAUGUAUGACGAAGAAAAAAUGUUACCUUGUUAUAUGUGUUAGUCCAUUUACUUGUGAUGCCUAAAAAGUUUGUAUGCUAGAAGCCAAUAAAAAAGGAAAAUAAUAGACUGUGGUAUCUCUGAAUUGAAUAUUGAGUACUGUAAACAUCGUUGGUUAACGUGUUAUGUUGACAACGUGUUGAUUGGAAUGCGUGUGGAAUGUUAUGGGCUGUAUGUUGACGUUGUCAUGUGUAGCGAUUUCCUUACUGCUGGGGCUUCAUUGUGCUGACUUCAGUGACGAUUUUCUGGCUAUGUUUCAAUACGUUAAAAUGACAAAGCUUAUGGAGUGGCUUUUAGGCGUGAGCCUUUUCGCGAGCAUAUGGAUUGGCCUCGUAACUCGUCAAGUCUACUCGAGAUUACUUGACGAAUGGAUGUUUCUCAUCAAACCACUUCCAUUAAUCGUCUUGAUACUGUUUGGUCUAUACUCCAUAGCUGUAAUAUUGUGGAGGGUCUACAACUUCAACAAUUGUGAGGACGCAGCGAAAGAAUUACAGAUGGAAAUCCAAGAAGCCAAAGAUGAUCUCAGGAAGAAAGGUUUUGUGUUUGAUUCUGACAGAUGAGAGAGCGUUUUAUCAAGCUUGUACAUUAUUGUACUGCUGAUUUAUACAUACCAUUCCCUUUUUGAAAUUGUAAGACUGCAUGUAUAUUGAGAAAUUAGUUUUUGUUUAACUUCUGAAAUAUAUAUUAAUAUAUGUAUAUUUAC